ACAGCAGACGAGGACGCGGAGUCAGACGGGGGAGCGUCGCGACGUCGAGUCAAAGCGAGGACGGCUGUAAAGUUCUUUUUGAACUUUACUUUGGGCUGCCCUUGUCGUCCCGCUAUCGUAAUCCAACUGUGAGACGAAUCGAUUUGUGGUAGUUGAAGCGAUCGAACCAUUUACCUGACUCGAGGAGCCUGUCGUCUGCUCUUGGCGUCGCGCGUUGAAACCUCCCCCUCUCUGCUCAGUGACUGCCGAACAUCAAGUUUUCCAGCAAAGUCAUGGGUUCCAUCGUGUUAAAAAGUUUAUCUGUAUUACUGGGAAUAUUUUUCGUCUUUGUGGGAACCAUGAAGAUGUCCUCAUUGAUUAGCAAGGAGCUGCACAAGGAUUUGAGGAAAGAGUAUGUGAAAUAUGCCAAAGUGUUCCCAUUAUCGGACACUUUAGAUUUCAAGGUACCAUCAAAAUGGUACCGAAGAGUUGUUGGUUCCCUAGAAAUUAUUUGCGGACUUGCUAUGGCACUUAUACCAAGUGCAAAAGUAAAACAAGUAGCUAAUGUUUUACUCAUAUUUCUUAUGCUAGUUGCAGUUUAUUCGCACUACAUGGUUAAUGACAAAUUUGAAAGAAUUGCACCUGCUCUGGUAUUCUUCUUCAUGCUCACAGGCCGCAUGGUUAUUGACUGGCAAUUAAGACGGAAAGCUGAGGGGGCUGUGGAGGGUGAAGCUAAAGCUCAGAAGCAGGAUUAAAGAGAUACGCUUUCUUGUGUUCAAUUUGUAUAUCACAUAUACUAGUCAUUUCAAUGCCAUUUCUAUUUCUUUAUUGAAUUUUAUUCUGUACCAAGGUUUUUGCCCUGUAGGAUCAUUUUUAUUAACUUUGCAUUGAAGUUUUUGAUACCUCCUCAUUCAUUAAAAUUAUAAGACAUCACUUCACAUGCACUUUUUGUGGCAACUACACUGAAUUGUAGGAUUUAUUUCUAGUCUGCUCAACAUACAUGUAUGAUUUUAUAAUGUUAAAUCAGAGAAGAUUAGAUGCAUCUGUUUCAUGCAUGACAUUUAUAUAAGCGGCAAUAAUUAGCAAAGCAAUCAGAAUGAACACUAAGUGGAAAGAUAAGUUCCGGAGGGAAAUGAUGCUCAAUAAACAUUACUAGAAAUAUGUUCUUUUCUAUAUUAAGAUGGGUAAUAGGGUCCAGUUUUAUCUAUCAAAAAAUGCACAUGGAUGUAUUUUAAAUAGAGUUCUGAACUGCUAGUUGCUCUGAUUUUGUGGUUUUUUGUACUGCUUCACUUGUAUUCUUUUUGUAAUGUUUUAUUCAUCUUCAUGAUUUUUAUUGUUUUGGAACAGUUGUUUUAUUUGACAUUGAAAAAGAAGUUAAAUCAUUGUUUUCAAUGUCCGUGUAUUAAUAUGGGGUUGUGUGGAAUGAUAUUUUGCUUUUAUUUCUAUGUUUAUUCUAGUCAAAGCUGGUAUCCCAAUUGCAAAUUGUGGUUGCUGAAUUUCCCAAUACUGUAUAUUAAUGUGUACCCCUGUAAUGAAUUAAAUACAAUAUGCACCUAAAGUAUCGGAACAUUUAUCAAGAGAGUAAACUUGUUUAUAUGGCACAUGGAGAUCAGUUGAUAUGGUCCUCCCCUACAUUCACUCAUCUCAUUACUCUAUUCUGGAAGUUCCAGUCUUCCUCUCUUCCUGAGACAUGUACAAGACGGCGGCAUGAUUUGUUGUUACUUUAUCCUUUCUGUUAUUUCGCAGUUGGCUUUUUACAUUGAUUUUAAAGAUGCAAAAGUUUUAUUGCCUCUGUUUUAGCUGGUGUGUGUGUGUACACUUUCCAGAUGCUGCAAUAAACCUUGUUAAGCACUUAAGUUGACAUGCAAUCCACUAUACCUUGUAAAGUGUUUGAAAAAACAAGUGUGUUUUUUGUUUUUGUCAUUAAAAUUCUAGAGAGUUGUAGAGGUUAUUAAAAUCAUCAUUCCACUCUCAUUGUCACCAUAGCUUUUCAAUUCUUAAAUUUGUUGUCAUCAUUUCUGUUUUUUGAGGAAUAAGUGUUAAAAACCCUAAUGCCAUUGUUUCCUGUUGUCUUUGUUCUCAAAUUUAUGAGUUAAUGCCAAAUCAGGGUGUAGAGGCUUCCCUUAUUGUCAUAUUCUGUUAAUUCAAAACAGUGCUCAACUCCCCCCUGAUUUAAGUCAUCUAUAUCUAAACAGGUAUAAUCACUUAGCAUAUUUUUUUGGUACUUCUAAAUCUGCACAAAAGGCUGAUGAACUCAAAAUAAAACUUGUGAGAGUCAAUGCACUCUUGCCUGUCAUCAAGAUAAACACCUUAUGAACCUCUUUCUUAAGUUCACUUAUAUUAUUCAUUUUGCAUCUUAAGUUUAUGACUGUUCAUGCCUUGUACAUUUUCAUUAAAAUAAACGUUGAUGGUACAUCCUGAACAA